CAGUUUUCACGGCUGGAUGCUGGGCUGAGUUCCUGACUUCAGUGAACACAAGAAAAGGCUUAUCUUAUCUUGCAAGGCUACAAACAUGUGAUAAAAUGUCUCUUUAAUAUUUUGAAUAAAAUCCAUCAAAUAGGGUGCAAAUCAACCUGCUAGACUUGCUGUUUGACAUGAAGGUGCAAAAUUUAGAAGGUGUGCAUUCUUAGAUCUACUCAUCUCUCCCUUUUCUGCUGUAGGUUUGCUGACACAUUCAUGUGUGUCUCUCCAGCAUAAGCCAGCUAACCAUAGCAGCUCCCCUUCCUGUCAGGAGCCCUCUUUAAUCUGAAUUGACAUUAUGAGACCUUUGCUGAACAAAAAGCUGGACCUCACUUCAAAUCUUCGUAUAGCUAAUCUCACCUUCUGAUUUGACCAUCUGUCUCUUAAAACUGUUUUAAGGUGAUGAAACUGUCAGAAUCACAACAAUGGGGAAAAAAGAAACGCCAUUAAAUUCAAAGUGCAAAGAGAAAAUUUAAACAGAAAACAAACUCAGUUCUCCUGUGUUUAAGAUGUUUUGUCAGCCCGUACAUCCACCCCAACCUCCUCCCUAAGCAGACUUUGUGGUUCUAUAACCCCUAGUUUUUCCUUCUCCCAGUUUCUAUAGGCACUAAUAAAUCUAACAGUGGGUCCAGUGAACCCAGGAUUAAUAUUAUUGAAGGACAAGGUAAGAAGAAAAGGUGGCCAAACUUAAAAUUGCCAAUGCAGCAGAUUCACCAAGCAAAGAAAUUGCAUAAAAGUGCAGCAAAAUAGUGUGUUAGCACAAUCACCAAAUAGUACUUAUAGGUUUGCUUAGUUUUACAGGGGAUUUACAAAAGUUGUGCUCUUUUCAAACACAGGUGCAAUCAGUUCAUUUCAACAUCAAGUACAAAAAAUAAGAAUUGCUUUUUUUCUGUGGUAAAGAUUGGUGCAAUCAGCAGCAAAUUGCGUGUCGCAAACAUUAGUAAAUCUUUUCGCGGGCUUCAUUUAAAUAUUCUCCUCCCUGCAGUUUUGUGCUGUCACUUCAUUCUCUUUGUAAAUACCCACAGUAUUUUUUUACACCAAACACCAUCGGUGCAACGUGUUGGUAAAUCUGUCCCGUAGUCAGUCAAGUAGUCUGCUAACACCUGCUGUGCAGAGAUACUGGUAGACUUGACCUGAGGUGUCAGCCAUUCUAUGUUGGGCCAUGAGCUAAAUCAAGUAUUUGUUCUCUGUGCCACUUGGUGUGUUUCACUGCCUAUGUAGUCGAUAUGUUUGAGUUUGUUGCAGGACCUUGUGUUUUAUGCAGUCAGACUUUCUAACCACAUACUGUAUGGGAUAAAAGUUCCAGGCUUUCCAUUCUUUUUUUCUGCCAAAAGCUCUGGAAGCUUUAACUUCUCUUAGCAUGGUGUAGUCUAAUCUCCAGCUUGCAAUCUCCUAGCUGGCUGUCAUCGAGUAGCGAAUAAUCAUCAGUCUGAAUCGUUUAAUGUAAACACCAAUAUUCAAUGCUCCAUGCAUGCAACCUGCAAGAGGGUGAGAGGGGCAGAGAGGGAAAGAGCAGCCACCAGGAAUAUCAGGACUUAAGGCUGCAUGAGUUACAGCUCAGCACGGCUCAGCGAGUGAGUUACUGUUAUGCAAGAGCUCAGUCAGCCCAGCUGGAGAUCAGGGAGAGAGAGAGAGAGAGCAGCAGUCCGAGUGAGAGCACAAGCAAGUAAGCCAAGAGACGGCGAAGAGCAGGCUGGAGAGAAAACAGCAGCAAGUGAGCAGAGAGCAGGCAGAUUACAGCUGGAUCUACUACACAUGCAUACACGAACACACUUAUAUACACGCUGUCACGAUCCUUUCUUCUGUCUCAUGCCUCUAUGCAGAGCAGCAGCAUCAUGAGAGGACACACAGAGGGAGUUUACCUCUCUUCACCAAGGGAGUAAGGAAAAGAAGAGAGGAGAGGAGAAGACUGAAGAAAGCAAGACAGAGAAAAAAGGAAAGAAAGAAGAAAACUUUCCUCUACAGGAUCUUUCCUCCACGUUUUGAGACUUACCAUGAGGCUCUGAAUUCUCUUCCUCUCUCAUAGCUCUUCUUCAGUAGCUGAACCCAUGUCUCUAAAAGUGGCAGCCACCGGUAAAAGUGCCAGCACCCACCUCUUGAUGCUGCUGUGCCCCCUGCUCUGUGCUCUGGUCCCUGCUGGAGGCUCCACACUGAGCCCCGAGGACUCGCGGAGCACUGCUGCCACGUUGCUGCCAGAGGACUUGACCGGCACAACAAUACAACUCCAGCCAGACCUGCAGACUGAAGCCCAGACACCAACAGAAGCACAGACAGAAGCACAGACAGAGGCUCUGACAGAUAUGCAGACCCAGGGUGUCACCAGCAAUUAUACAGGUCUGUCCUGUAUGCCUGUCCUGCCACCACGUCGGGGUUCCUUCUACGUGGAAGGUGGAACAGGUGUGUCGAUCGGGAGUGCUUUGGCUUUUUGGUGCAGAGAUGGAUACCAGCUGGUUGGCAGCGACAAAAUCUACUGCCAUGUCAGGAAUGGUAAAGCGCAGUGGAGCAACUACCUGCCUGUCUGUGAAGCUAUCCCCAGGCCGGAGGACCGUGGACUGAGAGUGGCUGUGCUGGCCUCAGUCAUUAGUGGCAUUGUCAUCCUCGCCAUGUCCCUGUCCUUUCUCAUCUGCUGUCUGCAGGAGCGAUCCAGCCGGGACCGUUCCAAGAAAGAUGGACGGAUCAGACGCAGAGACAAGCGCUCCGCCCGUCGCAGCGAGUGCUGGCUGGAGAGAGAGGAGGGCGAAUGGGAAGCCUUCCCUCCACCUAAGAUCUUCCACCUGUCCCAGAGGAUGAACCCCCGUCUUGCUCCAGACAGCCCGCUCUACCUGACGGGAGGCCUCAGUGGAUACGAGAACAGAGGAUACCAAAGGAGUCAGGAGAGUCUGCUGAAGGCCUCCAUGCCCGGGCUCUACCGCUCCGAGUCUCAGCUUUACCCACAUGUUGUCCUGCAGAGGGUCCCAACGCCGACUGCACCGUCCGCUCCGACUGCUCCCUCGGCUCCUCUCUACCUUCACCUCCCUGACUCCUCUUCUGCCGCUUCCUCUCCCGCCCACACCAUCCCCCACAGCCAGCCACACGGCAUGCCACAGUACCCCACCCCAACAUAUCCUCCAAAACCCAAUGUAGUGCCAAACUACCACCACCCAACACCGGCGCCCAUCUAUCCCAACCCCAAUCCAACACCACAGAGGCCAUGGCAGUAAGCUACGUACUUCCGCUUCCAUUUUUUCUGGGCGUUGUGGUGCUCCUACUGAAGAACAGGCAUGUUCGGAGACACAUGAAGUCUUUUUACUCUUUCUUAUCCCAGAUUUCUCCCACAGAGGUCUGUCAGUGCCAAUAAUCUAAAGCAGACGUGUAGAAAUGGACAUGCAGCCAGCGUAGAAGCUCCCCUUUGUUGUGCAUGCUUGAUGGACUUCUCAGUUUGGACUGAGCGGGAACCUAACAACUUUUUUUCCCCUUGAUUCUCACUCAGAUGAAGCUAUGUUACCAGCAGGGGGAGACUGGUGGAGAAAACCCUGCUUUUGUUUAACAACCACCAGAUCGUCAUUACUGAAACCCGAUGUAGCCUAGCAACAAAGGGACACAAAGAGUUGUUAUUUAGAUUCCACUAAUUUUGUUCAUUGAAGGAAGACUUUGUUUAGGCAGCUCUCAGAAAUGUACAUUUUAAUAGCUAACUGUUUAGAAAUAAUCAGCCAUCAUCGCACAUAUUAUUCUCUUGAGCUAAAUAAAUUGACAGAUAUAUAUUUUUUGACAUAUCUUCUUGGAAUCUCACUCAUCUGUUAACCAGAGCCAUGUGUGAUGUAAUGAAAGCAGCUCUUGUUAAUACACUGAGGUAUUUUCCCACAAUGAAUGGGUAAAACACAGUAAUGAGGGCUUUUAUUGGCAGCAAGCGCCAUUGUAGCAACCACUGAGCAAAGCCAGCUUGUGUGGAUUUAACAGCACACUGGCUAUUGUUAAUUCACAUAUUCUUUCUUUCAACACUGUUAACUACUUUUAACUUUUUCUUCUGUCUGUGUCUGUUUAUGUUUCCUUCUUGCAGCUAUUUGUGUAGUACAAUAAGAAAAUUAAUAAGAAAAGCUUUAGUGAUCAGCACUGUGGCUGGUGAAACAUUCCAGCGUGGUUAUUUUGGGGACGCUUGUGGGUUAUAAUAAAAAAAAAUCAUCACGUUAUAAUUAAUUCUAUGACAACAUAUUUAAUUUUAUGAAGAUCUUUUGUGCAAUGUUAGUGAAACAUGAGGAAGUCAGGCACACUGAGUCUGCAGUGGGUGGAGAUGCUAAACCUUUAUUGUUCCUUUGAACUGUUUAAAUGCAUUUAAAUCAUAAACUGUGCAAGGCCCAUUUGCUUUUAUUUUUAAUAGAACACUAAUAAAUCUGCACUUUAACCCUUUUUUAAAUGGCUAGUCUUUUACUGUAAACUAUUUGUAUAACAACAGGACUGCCAUAAAUGCUGAAUAAAGAGAGUUCAAUAUG